UCCACUGAAAAGCUGUUCUGCGGCUGACAGGAUCAGAAGGCACUGCUGCGGAGCCCAUGCACAAAUCUGGCUCAUCUCUAGCCUAUAGACCUGCUACUAUCAACAAGGGAAUCAAACACGCAAAGCUAUUCUUCUUUGCCUUGGUAUACAGUAGAAGCCCUGAUUGAGAUGUAUGGACAGAACCCUAACUGGUUGUGGUCGAACGGGGAGCCUCUACGCCACCAUAGGCACCUGGGCAGACUUGGCUCAGCAACCCUGAGGCAAUGGGAGGAUGAGGAAGAAGGAAAAGAGGAAGAACAUGCAAUUUGGACCAGGGAGCAUCCAGCAAUCUGUUGCUAUACUACAAAUGGCCAUGGCCUCACCCAAGAGCGUGUUCAGAACCCCUGGGGCUGGGCUUGUACUGAGAGUACCUUUGGCCCUGUCCACACAGACCUAGUUAGCAUCCAAAGGCAGAGUGACACAGUGCUAGAUGCCCCUGAAAUGUGGAUUGAUGUCCCCCCACACCAGCCCUCCUUGGGUGGUGCUGAUGGAGAAGAAUCAUCCCAGCAUUGUUUAGGCAGUCAAUGGAGGAGCCACAGGACAGAGGGCCAUGGCUGUGUUUGUGUGCAUGGACCAAGUGGACCAGGAAGAUGUUGCCACAAUUUGGCUGGUUCCCCUCUCUUCAAUUUUGGAAGUAAGUUGAGGAAGACAAUAAUGGUAGGAGUCGAGGUGGAAAUAGUGGAGGAAGUAGCCUAUGAGGACACAGAGAUACUUGAAGUAAUACCAGAAGGAGUCUAUCCAAAUUAUUUGAUGGAAACCAUAUUGCUGCACGAUGACCAGCUUUUCGCCACCUAAACAUGCAUUCCUUCAAAAGUUGUUUGCAAGUGAACUUUCUUUGUUUUUAAAAUGUCAGCCUUGUAUUUUAAAUGUAUUUUAUCAUGUAUUUAAAUGUAGUUUAAAUAUUAAAAUGUAUUUUAAAUACCAUUUAAAGGCCUUUUUAUGUCAGUGUUAUGGGAGGUUCAUUAAUGACAUUUUUUUUACCCAAUAAAAUAAUAAAACCUUU